AUUGUCUAUUUGAAGUUAGAAAUUCUUAUCUCCACAUUUAUGGUGUAUGCCUUCUUUAAUACAUCUAGUUUGCGUGUAUGGCUUCAUUAGUUUAGUAGUCUCACCAACACUCACAGUGCUGCCGUUCAAAUACAUUGAAAGCUAGUUCAUAGAUAAACGAAAGGGCUAUAGCAUUCAGGAAUAACGUGAGUAUCGUAAUAUCACGAGCAUUGAUUGUGUUAACAUACUCCAGACUAUUAAUAGUCAACAAGCAUCUGUUUAUGCGCAAUUGACGAUAUUCUUUUAUAAUCAGAGACUCGAAGAUUAUAAUUAGCGACUUCAUUUUAUAUCAUGAGAAUGUAGUCAAAUGUCGACAUGUACUCACUCGUCAGUCAUACUUUUGAGGAAGUGGGCGCCAUUGAGCAUCGACGCGGCCUUUGUAGACAAAAUGGAUCCCCGUGUACACAAAUAUUGAAGAUUUUUAACAAGGGACUUGUUAGAAUGCCCUAAAAAUGAUAAACUUACGCCCUAAUGCAAACCUAAAAUUUAUCUUACCUAAGAAAAGACAUGUUUACUGCGUCGUCGUCUUGUGUAUAUACCUGCAUAUGUCGUGUCUUUAAUUGCUGCAAGAUUUCCAGAUUCGACUAGCAAUGUUGGUAGAUAGUGACGCUUGACUAUAAAAGCAGGCUCAACACCACUGCAAAUAAGUUCUACAUCCAGUAGCUAAACUUCAAUUAUCACAGCUAUAAUGCUUCUCUUCAGAUGUUUAGCAAGGGCUUUUCUCUUUGCAUCUGUUGCAUUAGCGCUUACAAUCAGCCAUCCUCAGGUAACUAGAGGUAGCAUAAACCUCUCAUUUGGUGAUUUAACUAUUAAGUCUGGCUCUUUUUGGUCUAUAUUUGAUAAUAACAUAUCUAUUUUUAAAGGAGAUAUUCGGGUGAAGAAAAAUGCUGGUCUUUUUAUCACAUCUACUAACAAAUUGAUCGGUUUGAAAGUAGAACUUUAUGCUGGUAAGGGUUCGAUAAAGAACGAAGGUUUGAUUGUCUUUAACUCUCUCGUAUCUUUGACUCCUUCCUUCUACAAGCUUAUCGGUAAGAGUUUUACCAAUAAAGGUGAAAUAUUUUUGAUCUCUAGUGGUUGUGCUUUACCUACAGCUGCCCUUUUGGCUCCAAAAUGGAAGAACACUGGAUCGAUAACCUUCUAUCAGGCCAAGAGGAACAACGGUAUUGUAAGUUUGGGCUCCCCUGGAUCAAAGAUUGAAAACAAGGGUCAGAUUUGUUUAUUUAAUCAACUUUACAAGCAAACAACACGCAUUGUUGGCAGUGGCUGUAUUACUGCAGACCAAGACUCCAGUGUCUUCUUUUCAAACUGUUUGAUGGAUAUCGAUAGAAAACAAACGGUGUACUUGGCCGAUUCGAAAUCCUCUGUAAGAGCUGUUGCCAUUGCUAAACCCAGAACUUUCAGAAUUGCAGGAUUUGGAAAUGGUAACAAGAUUGGAUUGGACUUACCACUUUUCAAAUUACUUCUGUCUCCAUUUUCCUAUAAUUCUAGAACUGGUAUCUUGUCUCUCAGAAUUAAGGGCAAUUGGGGUCAAGAUUUUGAUAUUGGAUUAGGUUAUGAUUCAAGAUUAUUCAAAGUUACGACCGAUACUAGUCUCGGAUUGUUGAGUGUUCCGUGGGGAGCAGUUAAGUACGAAGGACCAGUACCUAAUAAGCAGAUUCCAAGCAACUGCAGGCCAUGCAAACCUUUCCCACCAGCUCCAACUACUACUACUACAACCAAAGCAUGCUCUCCAAAAUCUACCACCUCCUUAACUACUUCCAAAACAUCCUCUCCAAAACCUACCACCACCUCAACAACAUCCAAUGCACAAACUACAAUUACGACUACUUGGACUGGCACCACCACAAGAACUAUUACUGAGACCGAUACGCCAGGUGGUACAGACACUGUUAUCGUUGAAGAGCCAACUACCUCCAACACUCAA